AUGGGUCAGCAGCAGUCGAAAAAGAGCAAAAAGGGAAGCAAGGACAAGGAUGUGCAGCGGCAGCUCGAUGGCGACCUCAACACCGAAACAGGCAGCAGCACCCCUCAGGGUUCGCUUUCGCGUGCCACGGGAUCUUCAACAGCAAACGGCUCUGAUUCCAGCUCAAUACCAAAUGGCAAUCCCGAGAUAAAUGUAUCCGAUCCCACAGGAAACCUUGUUGCAUCGGCAGAUGGACGGACGCAUGGCUCACCGUACCCUUCAAAAGGCGCUCAAUCCCAGGACCAAGCCGCUCAACUGCCCGCCUCCUCCACCUCGUCAUCAUCCUCCCAGCCAUCGCCCAACCCCGCCUCAGCCCCUCUAGACAUUCCUGCGCCUGUACCAACUAUUCUUUCCAACUCCAGCAAAUCUUUUGCCCCAACGGCUUUUGGAUGUCGGAUUACAGGAAAGGUCAGCAAGUCCCUGUGUCUCAAGAGUCAGGAAAUAGUCAAUAUUUGCCAAGCCGCCCGAGAAGUGCUAUUGAGUCAACCCACGCUCAUCGAACUCUCACCGCCAGUCAAGAUCGUUGGCGACGUCCAUGGCCAAUAUUCAGACCUUAUCCGAUUAUUCGAAAUGUGCGGUUUCCCCCCAGCCGCUAACUACCUCUUCCUUGGUGAUUACGUCGACCGAGGCAAGCAGAGUUUGGAAACUAUCUUACUCCUCUUGUGCUACAAGAUCAAGUACCCCGAGAACUUCUUCCUCCUGCGCGGGAAUCACGAGUGUGCCAAUGUAACGAGGGUUUACGGCUUUUACGACGAAUGCAAACGGCGGUGCAACAUCAAGACCUGGAAGACUUUCAUCGAUGUAUUCAACUGCCUCCCCAUAGCGGCUAUCGUUGCAUCGAAAAUUUUCUGCGUUCACGGGGGCCUGUCCCCGUCUCUUCACGCUAUGGAUGAUAUCAAGCGUAUACAGCGACCGACUGAUGUUCCCGACUUUGGUCUUCUUAACGACCUUCUCUGGUCGGAUCCGUCCGACACUGCAAUGGACUGGGAAGAUAACGAGCGAGGAGUCAGUUACUGCUUCGGCAAGGGUGUCAUUAACGACUUCCUUGUUCGUUAUGACAUGGACCUUAUUUGUCGAGCGCACAUGGUGGUUGAAGAUGGGUACGAAUUCUGGAAUGAUCGAACGCUGGUAACUGUGUUCAGUGCGCCAAAUUAUUGCGGGGAAUUCGACAAUUAUGGAGCAUGCAUGAGUGUGUCUGAGGACCUUCUCUGCGCGUUUGAACUGCUCAAACCGCUGGACGGGGCACAGCUUCGCAAGGAGAUGACGAAGGCGAAGAGGAAGAGUGCUGCCGUGCCAGCCACGUAGAAGACCCCUGUUUCGCUGACAUAACUUAUCCUCUUCGACAUGAACCAUUGCCACGCCUCUGCUCCGAGCUUGCAACGACAUCACGAACGCUGGUUAUCGCCACGAAUUUUUACCGAAGCAAUAUUCCUCGGAAGAGUCAUCGCAUUGGUUUCUCGAGUUGCAACCACAUAACACCCCGUACCACACUCUUGUUUCUCUGCCUCACUU